AUGGCAAGGCUCCGGCUCCUGCCGGUCGUCCGUCGCUCGUCGUCGAACACACGAAGCGCAACUGAGCCGUUUCAGCCGCAGUUUCGAAGCCCUAUUCCAUGCUUCAAGGAACUCAGAGGCGAAAUCUGGCCGACGAGGUCGGUGCUUGAGAAAAAUCUCGUUGUCUCGACCGUUCACACCGUGUCUAUGAGCGACGCAGUCUUAACGACACCGAUGCAGUACGAACCGCUUCACGAAAUUCAAAACGCACCACGCCACAUUAUCUGCCUGGUUUAUGAGGCCAAUUACACCGAUGGCGUAAAAACACGCUUGUGUCUAGAAACUCGUUCAACCGGUCUCUCGGUUCUCUGUCCUCGGCCGACUGACUGGUGCGACAAUAUAUGA